AUGGCUGCACCCCACAACUAUCACCAGCCAAAUGCGCCCGACGACGACGACUCGGACCUGGAACUUGAUCUAGACGAACUUGACCCCAUCCCUUCACAGUCGGCCGCCACACCACCACAGCGCCAGUCGAAAGAGCAACGGAGACCGUAUCAUGAGUUGGGCGCAAGGAUACCGCUGCGGAACCUACGUGUAGGCAGGCUCCGAGCAAACAAGAGGAAGGAGGAGCCCGAGGAGGAGGACUUGGCCGGCCUCCUGGACGAUGACGAAGGGACCAAGCGAGACUCUGCUGGUAGCUAUGGCCAGUCUGGCGAUGACGAUGCGCCUCUUCUCCAACCCACGGCGCGGAAAAGACGGCAACCGCCGCCCAGUGCAUUACAACGCCUAGGGUCCAACAUACGUCUCCCGAGCUUCCUCUCGCGCCAGAACAACGCGGCCAUACAAUUAGGCGACGACCAUGGAGAAGAAUAUGCAGAAGAGGAGCAUGAUCCCACCACACAGCGGACCAUCGCCGUCGGUCAGCCCCAAACCUCCAAAUUCCCCGCAAACGCCGUUUCAAACGCAAAGUACACGCCCUGGAGUUUCCUUCCUCGCACCCUCUACAACGAAUUCUCCUACUUCAUCAACAUGUAUUUUCUACUUAUUUCUUUCUCUCAGACCAUACCCGUGCUUCGAAUCGGCUUCCUCUCGGCCUACAUUGCACCCUUGUCCUUUGUUUUGACCAUCACCCUGACCAAGGAGGCUCUUGAUGACAUCUCGCGGCGGCGGAGGGAUGCAGAAGCGAACUCGGAAGGCUACACGGUGCUCAAGUUUGAGGAGAAUAGCGUUGGAAAUGGCGUUGCGCCAGGCAGGAACUCGCAGAAAAAGAAGCGUCUAAGGAAGCAGAGGAAGCAGGAUAACCGUGCGGCAGACAUUGCAGAUGAGGAGCAGCAACUUUCAGGCAAAGGGCUUGCAACAUGCACCUACUGGGAAACCAUCAAAUCGUCUAGGAAUCUCAAAGUGGGAGACGUUGUGAAGCUUGGCAAAGAUCAAAGAGUGCCUGCCGACAUGAUUAUUCUCAAAAGUUACUCCGCCGAUGGUUCUGCGCUAGAAUCUGAUAGGCCCGCCCUACAGGAGUCUGUUCCCUCGCUCAUCGACGAUGCCGACUCUGAAAACACGCCAAAGGUCGACAGUGUCGCCGCUACUGGAUCGUCUGGUGAAGCCUUCAUCCGUACUGAUCAGCUGGAUGGUGAAACCGACUGGAAGCUGCGUCUAACCUCGCCACUCACGCAGAACCUGGACGUUGGAGAGUACACCCGCCUCCGAGUCGUUGCUGGUAAACCGGACAAAAAGGUCAAUGAGUUCUAUGGCACACUCGAACUCCCGCCCAAGAGCUCACGACACUAUGACCUUCCAGAUAACGAAGUGGCCUCUCCACCCGAGCCGGUAAAGUCAGCGUCUCUUGGUAUUGACAACACCAUCUGGGCAAACACAGUCGUGGCCUCGAGUGGCAGCCUUCUUGCUGUUGUUGUAUAUACUGGUCCUCAAACACGUCAAGCUCUUUCCACCUCGCCUUCCAGGUCGAAGAUUGGCUUGUUGGAGCUGGAAAUCAACGCUUUGACCAAAUGGCUGUGCAUCUUCACCGUCUCGCUUUCUUUUAUUCUCGUAGCACUCGCCGGUUUCAGAGAAAUUGAAGGCCGCCCAUGGUGGGCUUCCAUGCUACGUUUCGUCAUUCUCUUCUCCACAAUCGUCCCCGUCGGUCUGCGUGUCAACCUUGAUCUCGGCAAAUCUGUGUAUGCAUGGUUCAUUCAUCACGAUGAGAGCAUCAAAGGGACAAUUGUCCGCACAAGUACCAUUCCAGAGGAUUUGGGCAGAAUCGAGUACCUUUUGAGUGACAAGACGGGUACUCUCACACAAAACGAGAUGGUAAUGAAGAAAAUUCAUGUCGGUACGGUUUCCUACGCAAACGAAGCCAUGGACGAAGUAUCCGCCUAUGUUCGCCAAUGCUUCACGCCUCCAGCUGGAGAAGUGCCCUCCCUUGUGACUCCAUCAUCGGCCUACACUGCGGCUCUUACAUCAACCACUCGCACAAGAAGAGAGAUCGGCUCGCGGGUCCGUGAUGUAGUGCUAGCUCUCGCGCUCUGCCAUAACGUAACACCGACUACCGAAGAAGAAAACGGUGAAACGGUCACCACUUACCAAGCGUCGUCACCAGACGAAAUUGCUAUUGUGCGAUGGACGGAAGCUGUUGGCCUGAAACUUCUAACUCGAGACCGCGAGUCAAUGACCCUCCUUUCGUGCGAUAGUGGCAACACGGUGGUUAAAGUGCGUAUCUUGAAUGUAUUUCCUUUUACUUCUGAAGGCAAGCGCAUGGGUAUUGUCGUCAAGUUCUACCAUGGCCCCCCCUCUUCAUCGGCGGAAGACGAUGGCGAAAUCUGGUUCUACCAGAAGGGUGCCGAUACAGUCAUGACAUCAAUCGUCGCUGCAAACGACUGGCUGGAUGAGGAAACUGCAAACAUGGCCCGAGAAGGGCUGCGCACUCUCGUAGUCGGUCGCAAGAAGCUUUCGGCACAAAUCUACCAAGAAUUCUGUACCAAACACGCACAAGCAUCACUCGCCCUCAGCAACCGCGACGCCGUCGUCGCCAACGUAGUCAAAGAAUUCCUGGAGCACGAUCUUGAGCUCCUAGGCGUCACCGGCGUAGAAGACAAGCUCCAAAAAGACGUCAAGCCAUCACUCGAACUCCUCCGCAACGCCGGUAUCAAGAUCUGGAUGUUGACCGGCGACAAGGUAGAAACGGCUCGCUGUGUAGCCAUCUCCUCUAAACUCGUUGCUCGCGGCCAAUACGUCCACACCAUCGCCAAGCUAAAACGGAAGGACCUUGCCUCUUCCUCCCUCGACUUCCUCCGCGGAAAACUGGACGCCUGUCUCCUCAUCGACGGUGAAUCACUCGCCCUCUUCCUCCAGCACUUCCGCCAAGAGUUCAUCUCUGUUGCCGUCCAGCUCCCGACCGUUGUCGCCUGUCGAUGCUCACCCACACAAAAAGCCGACGUCGCCCUACUCAUUCGCGAAUUCACAAAGAAGCGCGUCUGUUGCAUCGGCGACGGCGGCAACGACGUCUCCAUGAUUCAGGCCGCCGACGUAGGCGUCGGCAUCGUCGGAAAAGAAGGUCGCCAAGCCUCACUCGCCGCCGACUUUUCCAUCGACCAAUUCUGCUACCUCGUCAAACUGCUCGUCUGGCACGGCCGCAACUCGUACAAGCGCUCAGCCAAACUAUCCCAAUUUGUAAUUCACCGCGGUCUCAUCUUUUCAAUCUGCCAAACCGUCUUCUCAAUAGCUAGUUCCUUUGAGCCCAAUGCCCUCUACCGGGACUGGUUGCUUGUCGGUUAUAGCACCAUUUACACCAUGAUGCCCGUCUUCUCCCUCGUCCUCGACACGGAUGUAGACGAGAGUGUAGCGAACCUGUACCCAGAACUCUAUGCCGAGCUCAAAACAGGGAAAUCCCUCUCCUACAAAUCCUUCUUCAUCUGGGUAGCCGUUUCAAUCUACCAAGGGUCUAUCAUCCAAGGUCUUUCCCAGAUUCUAGUAGGCGUCGGUAUUGCACAUCCCGCUACCGAACCCCAAGACCCUGUAUUCUUAAAGAUGGUGGCCGUAAGCUUUUCAGUGCUGGUCCUGAACGAGCUGGUCAUGGUGGCUAUGGAGGUUACGACAUGGCAUUGGCUUAUGAUUCUUGUCAUUUGCGCGACGAGCAUCAUCUACAGUGGCAGUGUGCCGUUCCUGGGUGAUUACUUUGAUCUGGAGUAUAUGACAAAGGUGGCGUUUUGGUGGAAGUUUGCGGGCAUUGCGGCUGUUAGUUUGCUUCCGCCGUAUGCGGUUAAGUUGCUUAGGAGGACGAUUCGGCCGCCGAGUUAUCGCAAGGUGCAGAGUGUGUAG